AUGUUUUUCAUAUUUUUUUUAUUUUCUUCCUUCGUUAUUUUUUGUUUUUUCGUUUCUUUUUUAAAUUUUGUCGUUUUUUCUUCGUCUUUUUUUUCUUUUCCUGAAAAAAAAAAGAAAGUAAAAAACUUUUUUCUACGAUUUUUCUUUUUCUCUUCUUUGUUCGAUUUUGCGUUUUCAUUAUUUUCGUCUUUUUUGUUUGUUUUUUUAUUUGUUUUUUAUGCGUUUUUUUUUUUUUUUUUUUUUUCGGAUUUUUCUUUUCGAUUUCCCUCCCUUUUUUCGUUUUUUGUAGUUCGACUUUUAUCUUUUUUAAUUCUUAAUAUUUGGAUCGUUUUAUUUAUUUUUUCGUUUUUUUCUUCGUUUCUUUGCUUUCUCUUUUCUUUAGAUUUUUUGGUUCAUUUUCUUUCUGUUCGCUUUUUUUUCUUUUUUUAUUCUUCCUUCUUUUUUUUGUUUGUUUUUAUUUAUUUUUACCUUUUUUGUUCUUUCUUUUUCAUUUUCUUUUUGUUUUUUGUUUUUAUUCGUUUUUCCUUUCUGUGUUCAUUUCUAUCUCUCUUCUUCCUCUCCUUCUCUUCCUCCCUUUUUCCAUCUCUCUGCAUCUCUCUCUUUAUUUCUAUCCAUCUCUUUCCCUCUCUCUCGCUCCUUCUCUUCCCUCUCUCCACUACUCUCUACCACUUUUUCUCCCUUCUCUCUCCCCCUCCCUCUCUCCCUCUUUUUUCUCCCUUCUCUCUCCCCCUUUCUCUCCCUUCUCUCUCCAUCUCUCUCCGUCUUAUCCUCUCUCACUUCCUCUCUCUCCUUCCCUCCAUCUUUCCUCCUUUCUCCACCACUCUCUAUCCAUCUCUCACUCCCCUCUUUCCCUCCCCCCUCUCUCCACCACUCUCUCUCCCUCCCCUCUUUCUCUCCCUCCUCUCUCCAUCUCCCUUCUCUCUCUCUCCUUUCCAUCUCCUCUCAUUCCGGGGCGACGAACGUGAGCGCUCAUCCAUCGUGUCACAAUGUCACUUGUUUUAG